UCUGGUGGUCUCUAUUCUUGGAUGUGAAGCAGCAGAGAUUCAGCCUCCCUCCUCCUGUCCCUCCUCGUCUUCUCACCUCCAACAUGACUUCUCUGUCGGGCACCAAGGAGAGGUCUGUGACCAGCCGGGGCAGAAAAUACGGGGUGCCCGAUAACUCCCCAACCAAGUCUGCCUCCUUCUCCCCGGAGACCUGGUACCGGAAGGCAUACGAGGAGUCCUCCCGGGGGAGCCCACGGCCUGCCCCGGAGGGUGCCGGCUCCAUGCCAAGCUCCACAGGCACCCCAUCCCCGGGAUCAGGGACCUCCUCGCCGGGUUCAUUCUCUGGGUCACCGGGGACUAUGUCGCCGGGAAUUGGCACAGGCUCGCCGGGAUCCCUCGGCGGAUCCCCUGGGUUUGGCACGGGGUCGCCGGCGUCGGGCAGCGGAAGUUCCCCGGGUAGUGAGAGGGGGGUAUGGUGUGAGAACUGCAAUGCCAGACUCACGGAGCUGAAGAGACAGGCUCUGAAACUGCUCAUCCCAGGACCAUACUCCAGCAAGGAUCCCUCCUUCUCACUCCUACUGCACGACAAGCUUCAGGUGCCCAACAGCUCUCGCUGGGCGUGGAAUGAACGCGACAGCCGCUGUGAUGUCUGCUCCACCCACCUUACUCAGCUCAAACAGGAAGCCGUGCACAUGGUCCUCACUCUGGACCAAUGGGAUUUGUCACCCACCUCCUCCCCUCCGGCCCUGACUGGACGAUAUGGGCCACAAGGACCUCCAGGUCCAAUGGGAGCUUCUGGACCUCCUGGAGUUCCCGGUUCAAGAGAGUGGCCUCCUCCUUUUCUACCUUCCUCCUCCUCCUCUGCAGUGGCUGCUACACAACCCCCACACAUAUCCUCGCAGUCUCCCUCCCCAAGCGCCAGCCAGACCCCUACGCCCAGUCCCAGCCACGGACCAUCUAACUUCAGCCAGGGUAGUCCCUCCACUGGGCAAACUGCCAACCUUGCAUCCUCAAACCCACAACCUCCAUGCUCAGGGCACAGACUUGGGUCUAAGCCCAGUUCUCUAGGUCUUGGUGGUGGGGCGGACAAAAGGAACGGGUCCCCUGGCUCAGGAAAAACAACUGGGACCCAGCAGCAGUCAAUAACUGGUGUAAAUGGUGCUGGUAAUAUUCCUGGUAAUACCAGUAAUAAUGGGAGUGGGCCUGGCAGUGGAGCGGUGUUGAGUACUGCGGCUCUGCAGGCUCAUCAGUACCUGACCCGAACUAAUGGAGGCGUGACACUCUAUCCAUACCAGAUCUCCCAAAUGAUCUCUGAAGCCUCCAGAGAAGGACUAAGCGAAGCCGCCCUCAACCGUUACAACACACACUCGCCUUCGCACACACACACUCCCUCACACACAAAUUCUCCAUCUCACACUCCACCUGCCACCUCUGUAGCCGCCUCUUUCUUCGCCAGAGCUGCUCAGAAGUUGAACCUGUCAUCGAAGAAGAAGAAGCAGAAGUCUGCUGCUGUCGCGGCCCCAGUGACAUCAUCAUCGAUGUCAUGUGACCCCCCUCUGUUUCCUACUAAUUUUAGCGCCGCCCUGUUGACAGCCCCGCCUCCGGCCCCGCCUUGCCUGCUCCGCGCAGUCAAUAAGAUCAAAGAUACCCCUGGACUUGGCAAGGUGAAGGUGAUGGUGCGUGUUUGUCCAGUGCCUCAGUCUGAUGCAUCUGAGUCCAGUUCCUUCCUUAAAGUGGACCCCAGGAAGAAGCAAAUCACUAUUAUGGACCUAUCAGCCAAUCAGACACCUGGGACUGCCUCCCAAAAGAGGGCAGGAGCCAAUCAGGUCCCUCCAAAGAUGUUUACCUUUGAUGCUGCAUUCCCUCAAGAUGCAUCGCAGGCGGAGGUGUGUGCAGGCACAGUUGCCGAGGUGAUUCAGUCAGUGGUGAAUGGAGCAGAUGGCUGUGUCUUUUGCUUUGGACACUCCAAACUUGGUAAAUCCUAUACCAUGAUCGGCCACGAUGAGUCUCUGCAGACUCUGGGAAUCAUCCCCUGUGCCAUCUCCUGGUUGUUCAAACUCAUCAAUGAACGAAAGGAGAAGACCGGAGCGCGAUUCUCCGUCCGUGUCUCUGCUGUGGAGGUGUGGGGUAAAGAGGAGAAUCUAAAAGAUUUGCUGUCUGAGGUUGCUACAGGCAGCUUACAGGACGGACAGUCUCCUGGAGUGUAUCUGUGUGAAGACCCCAUCUGUGGCAUGCAGCUUCAGAACCAGUCAGAACUACGUGCCCCGACGCCUGAGAAGGCGGCCUGGUUUCUGGAUGCGGCCAUUGCCGCACGCCAUAGCACCCAACGUCCCGACAUCACUGAAGAGGAACACAGAAACUCACAUAUGCUGUUCACUCUGCACAUAUAUCAAUACCGCAUGGAAAAGACCGGAAAAGGAGGAAUGUCAGGUGGUCGUAGCCGCCUUCACCUGUUGGACCUCGGCAGCUGUGAUGUCAGUGUGCUUGGGGGAGGGGGGAGGGGCAGGGAGAACUCUUCCCCCAGCUCUGCACCUCUCUGCCUGUCUCUCUCUGCCCUUGGCAAUGUGAUCCUAGCCCUGGUCAACGGCAGCAAGCACAUCCCAUACAAAGACAGCAAGUUGACCAUGCUGUUGAGGGAGUCACUAGGCAACAUGAACUGCCGGACCACAAUGAUUGCUCACAUCUCCGCCUCUCCCAAGGAUUUCUCAGAAACACUUUCCACCAUCCAGAUUGCAUCCCGUGUCCUCCGCAUGAAAAAGAAGAAAACUAAAGUCACUGUUCAAUACACCUCCAGCUCCUCCGGGGGGGAGAGCUCCUGUGAGGAAGGCCGCAUGCGUCGGCCAACCCAUCUACGACCUUUCCAUCACCGUGGCGAUGCUGACUCCAACCUUCCAUUGCUCCGCCUCUCCAGUGACCCUGACGAAUACUCAAGCAGCGAGCAGUCAUGUGACACAGUGAUCUACGUUGGUCCUAAUGGGGCUGCUGUCUCAGAUAGAGAACUGACCGAUAAUGAGGGGCCACCAGAGUUUGUUCCAAUUGUACCUGCUUUGCUCCGUGGCAAAGCCUCAGAGCAGCAUCAACCACAGAGUCAGGCAGCUGGAGCCCAGAGCAAGGCCCAGCCACAGCCUGAGUCCAAGACCCAGUCUGGUGGCCUUUCCUCCCAGCCUGUGCACCAACCACCCCAAUCCCUGCUAGGACAGCCCCUGGCCCCUGUCCCAGAGGAAGGAGCCGAAUGUCUCAAGUGUAACACAUUUGCUGAACUGCAAGAGAGACUAGACUGCAUUGAUGGCAGUGAGGAGGUGGCAAAGUUCCCAUUUGAGGAGGUUCCAGCGAGUAACCAGGGUGUCAAACAGGAGACAGGAUUGGCUUCAGCUCCACUGGCUUCUGCCCCUUCUGGCCCCAGACAUUGCUCAGAUACAGAUGCCCGAACUGGUUCUGCUAGUCCUAGAGGAGGCACAGUAGAGCUCACCUCCUCUUCCCCAGGAGCCUCCAGGAGGAGGACCAAUGACCAGCAACUCCAGGAGAUCAGGGAGGUGGUGGAGGAGGCUGAGCUUGCCCAGACAAUGAUCCACAGCCUGGCCCAGAGUUCUGGUUCCUCUUUAGCUACCAGUACCAGGAGCGUCACAGGAAGCAGCAGCACCACAUCGAACUCCAUGUGCAGGACCAAGAACAACACGCUUCAUGAAAGCCGUGAGUCUCUGAGUGGUGGCAGCAGCAGCGAGGGUAAGGCACGCCCGAUAGGAUCACCACGCCUUGGAAUUGCCAGCCUAACCAAAACUGCAGACUACAGGCCCCCGUCCUCCCCGUCCCAGCGUUGUAAAGUGUACACCCAAAAGGGUGUGAUGCCGGGAACACCACCUCUCUCCUCACACACACUGGCACAGGACAGCCAGGCUGCAGACUCCCUGACACCAGAUAACAGUUUAGCAGCAGAUAGCGGACGCUCCUCAACAGAGUCGCUGUUGUCCAGGACUUCGCCUGUAGGCAUGAGCCCACAGGUCCAACAGCCUGCCCCAUCUCUGUCUGCUAGCCAUGGCUCGGCUGAGACUCUCUGUGACGAUGAUGUCCCUCAGAUACCAUUGGACACACACAGGGAUGGUAGUGGACCAGCAGUAUCUGUAACCACAUUUGGGCCUCUCUCUGUCGGAGAGGAUGAGCUGGUGUACACAAUGGCUCCUGGAGGGGAAGAGGACCUGGAUGCCAGGGCUCUGAUGGAGACACUGACAAGUCGUCCAACCAGCAUCAUCAGCUUCAACAGCGACUGUUGCUCAGUCACUGCCCUUGCCUCAGGGUCAAGACCUGUCAGCAUCAUCAGCAGUAUUGGAGAUGAAGGAACUGUGGAGCAUUAUGGGAUGUCUGCCAUUGCGGCGACCACCUCUGGAGUAACAGAGGUGGUUGCCAUGGCAGAGGUGGCCAUGGCCAAGCUGCGUCUGGAGGGCGAGGCUUUAGCUACAGUGAUUCCUAGCUGUAGUUCUUCAGUCUCCUCCUGGCUCAGUGAUCUGAGUAUGGGCAGCGAAGCAGACCAGUCCCUUCACAGCUUCAGCCAGUCUCAAAGCCAACAAGGGGAGGCCCUGGCUGAACCUGACCCUAACCAGAGCCUUUCCUCUGGGGUAGAAAGCAGAGGGAGUCUUGAGGGAGAGAUGGUCCUGUCAGAGAGUGGGUGUAAGAAGGGAACCCCAACCAAAGACUGGUUGAGCAGACUGCCCUACUCUGUGGGUAAAGCCAACAUCCAAGUCAUUGGGGGAUCUAGCAACUUCUCUCCCUUUAAGACCACCAUCAGCGUUCACCCGUGUGUUGCUGUUAAACCCAUGGUGAUUCAAGAGCCCACAAUUCUCUCCUCACCCAUCAAGACAGCCAUGAUCACAGAGACACCAAAAUCAAAUACUACCCCAGGCCCACACUUAGCUUCCAUAUCCAGUGAGAUGACCUUUGAAGACCCCUGGUUGAAGCGUGGGCUGGAGGAGGGGAGAUCCAAGGAGCUGGCAUGUGAAAUAAAGCCAGAAAAGAAACAUGUAGACCAGGUGAAAAGCCACCAGGCUGGCCAGAGCAGGACUGCAGGAGAGAAGGUUGGUGCUGGGGACUUACGAAGCUCCUGCAGGGAUGGUGGGGAGCGUGGCAGCUGUAGUUCAAGUGGUGAGGCAGUCUCAUCUUCAGAUUGCUUUAGGAGAGUGGUUGAUGGCUGUGAGAUGGUAGCGGAGGUUUCCCAGGGAGAUGGUCAAACUGUUAUCUAUGAUACCAACAUCCACCGUACUGCCAGUCUGCCUCGUGGCUGGCACCGGGUCAAUCGUCAUGACGGCCUUGAUAACGGAAUCGAGUACCACAAUCUUGUUGUUACCACCUCGACUCCCUGCAGUCCUCGGGCCACGCUGGACAGGCGUGGAUCGACUGGUAAGCAGGGGCUCUUUUCCCACAAGAGAGGAGGAAUCCCGCCUUUGCCACCAGUACGCAAAUCAAGUCUGGACCAGCGAAAUAGGGCUGCAGGCUCUCCACUCACUCCUCUUCACCAAGCAAGCCAUGGAGCAGCUAUCCUAAGCGGUCAAGCUGAUGACAUGGGGCUCUCUGGAGUGGCUCUUGCUGGUGUCACCAGACAGCGUGGCUCCAGUGUGGAUAGCAGCAGACUUUUCAGUGCCAAGCUGGAGCAGCUAGCCAACAGAACCAACUCUUUAGGCCGGCCCCACAGCUCGCACAGCGGUUCCCCCCACUAUGAUUGUCUCUCCCUGGAGAGGAGAGAGAGUCUGAGAGGGGGCAGCGGAGUGAAGGGGGACAGCACCAUGCCUCGUGCUGGGCGUAGCCUUACCCGAGGCAGCUCAAUCUCUUCUACUGGAAAUAUCAACAGCAGCAGUCCUGUUUUCAACUCCAGUCCAGGUCCAGGCAGCGCCCCUCAGUCACCAGUGAAAGCCAGCAGCCAGUCAAAGAUGUCAGCUGUCAGUAAACUACUACUGGCCAGUAGUCCCAAGGCCAGGAGUCUGUCUGCCUCCAGUACCAAGACCCUCAGCUUCUCUACCAAGUCUUUACCCCAGGCUGUUAACCGCAGCUCCAGCUUGCCUCCUAAUGGAAAGCCCCAGGGUUCAGUCCAGAGCCCACUACAGCAGCAGGGGCCUUCCUCUGGCUCCUGGUCCACCCAGUCUUUGAGCCGCAGUCGCGGAGGAAGCUUGGCAGCCAAACUUCCUCUCAGGGCUGUUAAUGGUCGAAUCUCUGAGCUACUCCAGGGCAAUGCUGGCUCCCGCUCCAGAGGACAUGCCCAAGGUGGGGCAUCCGAUCCCGGGGAGGAAAGAGUUGCUGGCGGGGCAAGUGGAGGUGGAGGUGCUAUUGGAGGAAGCCAGGCAGAGGAGAGGCCAGCAACAGUCCAAACCCUGCCCUCCCCAUACAGUAAGAUCACAGCCCCCAGACGGCCACACCGCUGCAGCAGUGGCCAUGCCAGUGACAACAGCAGUGUAUUGAGUGGGGAGCUCCCUCCUGCCAUGGGGAAGACAGCGUUGUUCUACCACAGCGGAGGCAGUAGUGGUUAUGAGAGCAUGCUGAGAGACAGCAGUGAAAACACAGGGAGCACUUCCUCAGCCCAGGACUCCCUCAGUGAGCACAGCUCAGCCACCACCUCCUCCAGACGGAGCUCAAAGAACAGCAAGAAGAGCAGGAGCAACACAGGGCUCCAGCGUCGACGCCUGAUCCCUGCCUUGACCCCGGACUCCUCCUCUUCCUCUCCCUCUCACCGCUCCUCCAAAUUGGCCGUCACUUCAUCCUCUUCCUCCUCUUUGAGCCCCAGUGCAUGCUGGGUAGAUGGCCCUCUAGGGCCUCCAGUUCCUGCCAACUCCAGGGGUGUGGCAGUCUCCGCUGAAGCCUUCGAAAUCAAAGUGUACGAGAUAGAUGACGUUGAGCGAUUACAACGGCGGAGAGAGAAAGGAGAGACCAAGGAGGUGGUAUACAUCAGUGCCAAGCUUCGCAUCCUGGAGCACCGUCAGCAGCGGAUCAGUGAGGUCAGAGCCCGGUACCAGUGUCUGAAGAAAGAACUGGAACAGACCAAACAGUACCUGAUGCUGGAACCACACAAAUGGACAACCGAGUUUGAGCUGCAGCAGAUCUAUGAGGUGGACUCCUUGGAGUAUUUGGAAGCUCUAGAGAUGGUUACAGACAGACUGGAGACCAGAGUCAACUUCUGCAAAGCUCAUCUCAUGAUGAUCACCUGCUUUGAUGUUUCUUCAAGACAUAGGUAG